AGCUUGAUUGGGCAAAAAUACAAGCAGGAACCUCAUCCCGAAAUGUUCCAAACCAUAAAUUGCGUAAAUUGAACUGUGGUGCGUUGUGUGCGGUUAGUGAAGGUGUAAGCUGUUUGAUGAACUCAUAUAUAAAUACAUAUAGAGAGAGAAAGAGAGUGUAGAGAGAGAUGGGUAUGGUUGGGAGAGAUAUAGACGAUCUUCCGAAGAACGCCGCCAAUUACACGGCGUUGACGCCGCUCUGGUUUCUUGAGAGAGCGGCGACGGUACAUCCGACGAGAACGUCGGUGAUUCAUGGUUCUCGACACUACACGUGGCUUCAGACGUACCAUCGGUGUCGUCAGUUCGCCUCUGCUCUCAACAAUCAUUCCAUCGGCCUCGGCAGCACGGUAGCUGUAAUUGCUCCAAAUGUUCCUGCCCUUUAUGAAGCUCAUUUUGCUGUACCAAUGGCAGGGGCAGUGGUGAAUUGUGUGAACAUUCGUCUAAAUGCAUCAACAAUUGCUUUCCUUCUGGGUCAUUCAUCAGCUGCUGCUGUGAUGGUAGAUCAGGAGUUUUUUUCCUUGGCUGAGGAAGCUUUGAAAAUCUUAGCACAGGAAAGCAAAAGCCAUUACAAGCCCCCACUUCUAGUGGUAAUAGGUGAUGAAAGUUGUGAUCCUAAGACUCUUGAAUAUGCUUUGAAGACAGGAGCCAUUGAAUAUGAGAAAUUUCUGGAAGGGGGUGACCCUGAAUUUGAUUGGAAACCACCAGAGGAUGAGUGGCAAAGCAUUUCUUUGGGUUACACUUCUGGUACGACAGCAAGCCCCAAGGGGGUGGUGUUGAGCCACCGUGGAGCGUAUCUGAUGUCUUUGAGUGCUUCUGUUGUCUGGGGGAUAAAUGAAGGAGCUAUAUACUUGUGGACUCUACCCAUGUUCCAUUGCAACGGUUGGUGUUACACUUGGGGUAUGGCUGCUUUUUGUGGUACAAACAUAUGUUUACGACAGGUUACAGCAAAGGGUGUCUAUUCUGCCAUAGCCAAGUAUGGUGUUACUCACUUUUGUGCUGCUCCUGUGGUACUCAACACCAUAGUCAAUGCCCCACCAGAGGAAGCUAUCAUUCCUCUCCCUCAUCUUGUACAUGUCAUGACUGCUGGUGCUGCUCCACCUCCUUCAGUUCUCUUUGCAAUGUCCGAAAAAGGCUUCAAGGUCGCCCACACUUAUGGUCUCUCUGAAACUUAUGGUCCUUCCACGAUAUGUGCAUGGAAGCCUGAAUGGGAUUCACUUCCUCCCAUCAAACAAGCUCGAUUGAAUGCACGCCAAGGUGUUCGAUACAUUGCAUUGGAGGGCCUCGAUGUUGUCGAUACCAAAACAAUGAAGCCUGUCCCUGCUGAUGGAACUACUAUGGGAGAGAUUGUCAUGAGGGGAAAUGCUGUGAUGAAGGGUUACUUAAAGAAUCCAAAAGCUAACGAAGAAUCUUUCGCUGAUGGUUGGUUUCAUUCAGGUGAUCUAGCAGUAAAACAUCCAGAUGGGUACAUAGAAAUCAAAGACAGAUCAAAGGACAUCAUCAUAUCCGGAGGUGAGAACAUAAGUAGCUUGGAGGUUGAGAACACUCUGUAUUUGCACCCAGCAGUAUUAGAAGUAUCUGUUGUGGCCAGGCCCGAUGAGCGCUGGGGCGAGUCUCCAUGUGCUUUCGUGACAUUGAAGCCCAAUAUAGACAAGUCCAACGAACAAGUUUUGGCUGAAGAUAUCAUUAAGUUUUGCAAGUCCAAAAUGCCUGCUUAUUGGGUCCCCAAAUCAGUUGUAUUUGGACCAUUGCCAAAGACAGCCACUGGUAAGAUACAAAAGCAUGUACUAAGGGCCAAGGCCAAAGAGAUGGGGGCCCUUAAGAAGAGCAACUUAUAAAUUUAUAUUAACUAUAUAUGAUGCUGACUUAUCAAUAAAGAUGCUUGUUCUUCUUAGCUACAUACAUCUCUAUAUGAAAAAGCAUUUCGUUUGAGAUUUGGGACUGUUCUCCACAUCUCAUGAACAUGUUUUGGUUA